AUGCAGCGGCAAGUCGAAAUCUCAUAUCGCUUCUUGGCCGAUGAGAGAGUCUUUCCUCACUGCGCAUGCCUCACCUCUUUGUCCUUUGUCCAUGCCGGGGAGCGCAGCCAGCUCCUCUCAUGUUGGGAGAUCCACUGUUUCUCUGCGCUCCCUCUUCUCCCACAAGUCAUUCUGGGUCAGCAUCUCAUCCCUUCUGCUCCUGCUGAUCCUUUCCUUGGGAUUGACGGGAUACCUCUGGCUCACUCAGGCUCACUCUUGGCGGUCGUGGACCUGCAGAAUGAGCGGGUGACGCUUUAUGUGACAUCCUUGCCGAAUCAGACGUCCACUGUGCUCUUUGACGUGAAACAUGGCUUGACGUGCUACAAACCAGCCGACCAAAGCAGCUGCUUCCUGCGAUGGAUGGGGCAGUCGGACUAUGACAACGUGAACUCUCUGCUCUGCAAGUCAACGCCCAAGCAGAGGCUCUUUGAGCUGCGUGGAAAUGAGACGCAGAGGCAGAUGGAGUUCCUGGGAGUGCUGGCAGCCAGUCAGGUGAACAUAUCCACUCUGGAUGAGCCUUUUCAGACUCUGUGUCAGGACAGAUCCAUCCACUGGACCCGUAGGGCUGAAGGCCCUGGAAAACAGAGGCUGGUGUACUUCUGCAUCGACAUCUGCUUCCCUAGCAACAUCUGCGUGUCCGUGUGUUUCUACUACCUGCCCGAGUGA